AUGGACGCGGAGCUCGUGGUGACGCCGCCGGGCUGCGCGCACCUGGGCAGCUUCAAGGUGGACAACUGGAAGCAGAACCUGCGCGCCAUCUACCAGUGCUUCGUGUGGAGCGGCUCGGCGGAGGCCCGCAAGCGCAAGGCGAAGUCGUGCGUCUGUCAUGUGUGUGGCCUCCACCUGAACCGGCUGCACUCCUGCCUGCACUGUGUCUUCUUCGGCUGUUUCACGAAGAAGCACAUUCACGAGCACGCCAAAUCCAAGAGGCACAACCUGGCCAUCGAGCUCAUGUAUGGAGGUAUCUACUGCUUUUUGUGUCAGGACUACAUUUAUGACAAAGACAUAGAAAUCAUUGCCAAAGAGGAGCAGCGGAAAGCUUGGAAGAUGCAAGGUGUCGGGGAGAAGUUUUCAACGUGGGAGCCAACCAAACGGGAGCUCGAGCUGCUGAAACACAACCCCAAGCGGCGGAAGAUCACGUCCAACUGCACCAUCGGUCUGCGCGGCCUCAUCAACCUGGGGAACACGUGCUUCAUGAAUUGCAUCGUGCAGGCGCUCACGCACACACCCCUGCUGCGCGACUUCUUCCUGUCUGACCGGCACCGCUGUGAGAUGCAGAGCCCCAGCUCCUGCCUGGUCUGCGAGAUGUCCUCCCUCUUCCAGGAGUUCUACUCGGGGCACCGGUCCCCCCACAUCCCGUACAAGCUGCUGCACCUGGUGUGGACGCACGCCCGGCACCUGGCAGGCUACGAGCAGCAGGACGCACACGAGUUCCUCAUCGCGGCCCUGGACGUCCUGCACCGGCACUGCAAAGGUGACGAUAAUGGGAAGAAGGCCAACAACCCCAACCACUGCAACUGUAUCAUAGACCAGAUCUUCACAGGGGGGCUGCAGUCUGACGUUACCUGCCAGGUGUGCCACGGGGUCUCUACCACCAUCGACCCCUUCUGGGACAUCAGCCUGGACCUCCCUGGCUCUUCCACCCCCUUCUGGCCUCUGAGCCCUGGAAGUGAGAGCAGUGUGGUAAAUGGGGAGAGCCACGUGUCAGGAACCACGACCCUCACCGACUGCCUGCGGAGAUUUACCAGACCAGAGCACUUAGGAAGCAGUGCCAAGAUCAAAUGUAGCGGUUGCCAUAGCUACCAGGAGUCCACCAAGCAGCUCACCAUGAAAAAGCUGCCCAUUGUGGCCUGCUUCCACCUCAAACGGUUCGAACACUCAGCCAAACUCCGGCGUAAGAUCACCACCUACGUGUCCUUCCCCCUGGAGCUGGACAUGACCCCCUUCAUGGCCUCCAGCAAAGAAAGCAGGAUGAACGGGCAGUACCAGCAGCCGACAGACAGUCUCAACAACGACAACAAGUACUCAUUGUUUGCGGUGGUCAACCACCAGGGGACCCUGGAGAGCGGCCACUACACCAGCUUCAUCAGACAGCACAAGGACCAGUGGUUCAAAUGUGAUGACGCCAUCAUCACCAAGGCCAGCAUCGCGGACGUGCUGGACAGCGAGGGGUACUUGCUGUUCUACCACAAGCAGUUCCUGGAGUAUGAGUAG